UGAUAACGCUGUAACUUGCCUUUGAAGAUGGUGGUGAUGAUGUGUUAUAGGUGUGCUCGAUCCCACGGUAUACGUCGCUUCGCAAAACGUUGUCAACCAUUCUUCAGCAAUACCUAGCUCAGUGGCCGAGUCAGUCACCCGAAAGAUAAUUAUGGUAGCUCUACAGGCACAGCGGGACAGCUGAAUGUGGAUUCGAAGCACGGGCUUGCGCAGGUUUUCUGGGUGGAAGCCCAGGGCCGGCCCGAAGUCGAUCCCAAGAGCUUGUUCAACCAUUGAUAAGACAGGUGGUUCAGGACGGGCCUGAGUCACAGAUCCCAUAAUAAAGGAGAGUACCUGGUGUCGACAUUGCUGUUGGCCUCAUCAUACCUGAGAAGGUAUGGAAGGCGCACAAGAUAUACUCCGACGAUCCUCGCCCCACGCAAAGCCCUCUCCCACCUCCUCUUUACCUCUCGGUACCAUUGACAGCCAUCAGCUACCCAUGGGUCACACGCCAGAUCUCGGUGCGGCACAUGCGCCCUUGGCCCAAUGCGCCGCAUUCUUCACCCAGAUCUCCGCUAUCGGUGCAACCCUCACGUUCGCCGUCAUCGCCGGCCUCGGUCCAUGGGGUGAAGCAAACGUCGAAUAUCCCUCCUCUCAUCGGCGGAAAUGUGUUUGUAUGGCUUGGGCAAUGUUUACUUUGACUGUGAUUCUGGCUGCGGUUGUGCAGAUGGUUGUGACGUUUGGGAGUCGACACAGGCGGGGAGAGGGGAUGGUGAAGGUUGUAACUGGCGUUGUGUGGAUGUUACCACUCACUACAAGCGCUGCCUUAGGGCUUAUGGCGGAAGUUGUAAGAGGGUACUAUCCGACGAGUGGGAUCUUUAUUUACGUUUGGCUCGGUGUCGUCUGGGUAGGUGCACUCGCCGUGCUCCUCAUGUCUAGGCUCUGA